AUUUUGCUAUGAAAAAUAGUUGAUAAUGCUGACACAUAAUCGAUUUCUAAGUUUAAAAGUAUUUAUUUUACUACUACUAGUUUAUAAGACUCAUUCUAAGCUGAACCUUAAAUAUGGAAUUUUGAGGCGAGCUCCAAAUCUUGCUGCUAGAAAUGAAACCAUCUCUUUCCGUCCACGAACCAAAUAUGAUGUACAAAAAACAAUGCGUCUUAUGUUCUAUAAAAACAACACAAAAACCUUAGAGGCAUCCGCUUUCGACGAAGACUAUUUGCAAAGAGGUUCUGGCUGCUCCCCCUCGGAUAAAUUUGCUAUUGUGCUGCAUGGCUGGAUCCAAAGUUGUGCUGAUGAGUGGUCGCUGGCGCUCAUCGAUCGGUUGAGCUAUUAUCGUGGAGGCUGCGUGAUAUGUAUUGAUUACAGUUUAAUUGCAAGCACAUCGUAUAUGCGAUUGUAUACAAAUUUCGAAAACAUUACUGGUGCCAUUGUCACCAUCAUUCUGACUCUCAUUAAAAAUGGAUUCGAUGUGAAACGUGGCUACAUGUUUGGAUUUAGCUUUGGCGGACAACUUGUUUCGGCUGUGGGCCGCUCACUAGCACCACAACAUAUGAUCCAAAGCAUAGAUACGUGCGACAUGGCAGGGCCCGGAUUUGAUCCGAUUGCAGUGGAUCACUCGAAAGCUGGCAAGCAUGUGCAAUGUUUCCAUUCGAGCCGUGAUAAAGGAACCUUUGUGUACUCUUGCCACAGAAAUAUAAUGCUGGGUAGCUGUGGCCUGGCGCAACCAUCAGUAGCCAGUCAACUGCAUCUUGGGAGCCAUGGACUGUGCGUUGACAUCUACAUUAAUGCUUUUGACUAUCCAUUUUAUGCGCUGAACACGACGCCAUCCGAGUGCAUAGCCUUCCAAAAGGUAGCCAAAAUACCAGCAGACUAUACGGUCGGAUAUGAAGAGAACUUUGACAAUCGAGUUACUGGGCAAAUCUUUGUCCCCACUAGUCUACAUUAUCCCUACAACUUAUCAAAAAAGGAGCUCAAGUUUUUGGCUGGAAAAAAGUAGUUCUGCUCGUUUAGUAGUUCACUUUCGUUUAGUUUAAUUCACCAAAAAUAUAUUUCAAAUUAAAUUUGAAUUAUGUAUUUACAUAAUAUCGGUAAACACUAU